AUGUCAGUGGACAGUGCUCCCUCUAUUCCAUAUGAAGGCAGAGGGACUCUGGAGCAUCCCUCUGGGGCAAUGUAUGAAGGGGACUUGUACCACGGCACUGGGACAUACAGAUUCCCUGAUGGGACCAAAUAUUGCAGAAGCAAGAACAGGUUGGAGGGUGAUGGGAAGUUCACAGAUUCUCAGAGACUUGUUUGGACUGGAGGAAUCCACAACAAGGCAGCUCCUGGCUUGAAACUUAAACUCAUCAUGUAACCCAUGACAUGAUGUGAGAUAACAUAACUCU